UGAAGUAAUAUGCCUUACGCUGAGCGGGCGUUUUGAUAGUUUGUCAUAAUUCAGAAGUAAUAGCGAAGUGUCAAGUGAGACUCAACAGAGCAGCAGGCGACUUCUUACGAAUUGUCAGACUUUCUUUGUAAACAUCCAGCUACAAAAGAUGGAUUGGUUAAAUAGAGCAACAUCAACCAAAUGCAAUAAUUAUGGCUAAACGGGAUUUAAGGAGGUUAAAGGAGUUCCCGAUACGCAUUCUUGGAUAAAAAGUGAAGGAAAAUACGAAUUGUAGCCUCAAAGAAGACAGCAGAUCUUUCACCCACAACAUUGGAAUUGUUUUUUUUCCAAAGUAAUUGGAAUGUUUAACAUAACAAAUAAUAUAAGUGCCACUAGAAUGGAUAGACCACAUUAUCUUAGUCACGAAAUAACGAAUAUGGAUGUUAUUCAUACAAUUGAUACCGAGGCUUCGAAACACUUCAACAGCGCCAUCUAUUCUAUGAACGCCACAGAAGAUCCAACGCUAUCUAAUGACCUUGAUGGAACAUGCGAUUGGCAAGACACAGAGCUCAGAAUCAAAAUACAGUUCAUAACUCGAGGAAUUAUAAUUCCAAUAAUUUGUGUUGUUGGGAUUCUAGCGAAUAUCGUCACUCUAGUUAUCUUUACUCGGCCGCAUAUGAGAAAUGUCACAACAAUGUUUCUGGUGGGAAUGGUUAUAGCGGAUUCCAGUGGCCUCAUUACCCUACUGGUCUCGUUCACAUACUUUUACAGUUCUUACAAAUGGCUAUGGUUGGAAAAUCGUGAUGUCCGAUGGCUUGCACAAAUCCCGAUUGCCUGGAAGUUAUUUUACGCAGUAUUUAACAUUCCAACUAAUGUUUUCCUCACAGCAUCAAAUGCGUUAGCUUCUGGGGUGACAAUCUUUAGAUAUGUGGCUGUAAGGCUGCCAUUAAAAGCGAACACUUUCUGCACUCCCCGCAAGGCCCAAGUGACAAUCACGCUUAUAUUUGUUUACUCGCUUGUUCUCAACAUUCCGGAUUGUUUUAUGAAGACAGUGAGGCCCAUCAAGCAUCUAAAUAUGACAUACCAAAUUAUCGAAUCGACUGAAUUUUACUCCAACAAACUGUUUAACAAUGUAUAUUAUCCAACGAGGGUUGUCCUUAAUAUAUUUCUCCCUUGGUUCAUGUGUUUUGUGCUCAGUACGUCACUGUUAAUGUCCUUGAGGAAAAAAGUCCGCGGAAGCCGAAUGGAAUCAAGGGCGUCUGCUCAAUAUAGAAAACUUAGAAACAGUAGAAGACGGCGAAAUGACCGAAUAACGAUCACAAUUAUCGCCGUGAACGCGUCAUUCAUUAUCUGCCAGGGACCCGCCGUUGUUUUGAAUAUAUUAAUGUUAAAAUUUCGAGAUCGUGAUGAAUUAUAUUGCGAUAAUUUUGUCAUAGCAACGUGUAUUUGCGAUCUCUUUUUAGCCCUCAACCUUGCCCUCAAUUUCUUUUUAUACGCGGUUGCUCACGUUGAGUUUAGAAAGGCAGUCAAGGCUUUUAUAUCUGUUCUUUUCACAAGGAAGACGUCCUUGACUUCCAUUACUGGCCUUUCUAUAACACUCAACACAAUGACUCCCCAUUCCUCCACUAGUGACUUUGAAAAGAAAUACGAGGGGUAUCCAAGAAGUUCUAGUGUUAAUGAUCUCUGAUUUGAACAUAUCGAAUACAAAGAUAAACGACUAUUUAUUUUUAAUUGUUUUCGAUUUAUUUAUUUUUGUACUUAAACUCACAAAAGUGACUUAAGCAGUGGCUAUUUAAGGUACAUAUUGUAAAAGUACGUACGAUCAUACAUGUAUUUUAAUGGUG